AUGUCAGCCGGGACAGUGGUCAUCGCAGGAGGAAUUCUGGCUACAGUCAUCUUACUGACCAUCGUCGCUGUACUGUGUUUAUGUAGGUUGCAGUAUUACUGCUGUAAGAGGGAGGAGUCUGAGAAGGGGGAAGAGGAGGAACCAGAGCUCGCCACCAUGUCGCCGUCCCGCCCCCUGGCUCUGUCCGCUCCUCCGACACCUCCGACGCCGGAGCACUACAGCGACGAGCCCGAGGCCUACCCCCCCACCUUCCUCACUGAGGCCAACGGGCCCGCCAGCUUCUCCCCCACCCCUCCGCCACGCAGGUGCCAGCGCUCGCAUGCCUUCUGCCCGUCCUGCACCCGCUGUUCACUGCCCUUCUACCUGCAGCACCCGGAGAGGCUGUGCAACGGCGGGCGCAGGAUCAGCUACAGGACUGUGCAGCAGCAGGACCUGGAACUGCCCAUGGACCUGGCCAGCUUCUACCAGAAGCUCAACCUCAUCCGCUCGGUCACCAUGAGGGAGGUGGUCACCCACAGCGUCAGCACCGACGUCUAG